AUGGCCCGCGAAGACUACCGCGAUGAUCUAAGCACCGUUGACGCAUUAAACUACCCUAUCAUUAGGGACAAAGAAACAAUCUACAAAAGGCUAAAGGCCUUGAGGGCAAUCCUGGAGCCCUCUAACAAGCAGCUUAAGCAGAGCGCACGAACAGCAUACAACUGCGCAAGGAAGAACGCAUAUAUUGAUGCUAAAUCAGUCCACCUGCCAAAUGUGACGGAAUAUCAACCACACUAUGACUUCGUGUCGGCAAUUUCGGACCAUGAACAGACCGAUGAGGAUCCACCUGAUUUCCUUACUAGCUGUCUAGACGGUUUCGCCACAUACCAAGGACGCUCGUCCACACCAGAACAGCAGCAACAGCAGUUCAUAUGCGACUUCUGUGGAGAAACCAACCAAACCAAGGAAGAGGACGCGGUGGAUGGAGAGGACGCGGAAGGGGCGGCAACAAUGGCAACUAUUAUUAGCCAACUCAAUUGUCCAGUCACGCGACUUAAUCGUACGAUCAAAGCCCACAGUCUCAACCUAACGCCAGCUCCCAAUAAUUCCACUAACUGGAAUCCACCCAAUGCCCCAACUAGCACCAGGCGAUCAGCAGCUACUCUCAUGAGCUUCACGACAAACCUCAUCCUGGAGCGGACAUCCAUGUUUGCAACAAUCCAGCUGACUUUCAAUGGACUCGGAGCUCAUCCCCAUCGGACCGACUCAGGGCCGGCAGCCAACUCCUUCCUAUACUGGCAUGGGGCACGAGGACCUACCAAGAUAAACCUGAAUGACGUAGCCUACAUCCCUAACAUGUUCACUAGUCUUGUAUCUCUUUUACAAGGACAGGACAUACACUUCGACUCUGGAGACAACCUCGUAUACAAACGACUCCAUGAUGGCACCCGAUCACCGAUCUGCUUCACUACUCGAACUGGGGGUCACUGGGCCCUAGUAUUGCGCACAGAGGAUCCAUCCAUUGGAUCCACCUCACUAAUGGUUAUGGCUGCUAAAGACCUCGCACAGCGACGCUUUCGUCCAAGCUAUGAACGGCGACCUAUUACGCAAGACGCGACCGCCCUCCAUCAUAUAUGGGGAUGCAUCAGCCCAGAAGCGGUCACACACCUCCACGAGUCGGUCACCGGCGUACAGCCACCGACCGGCAGAGCGCCGAACACUGUUGAAUGCGACUUAUGCGCGCUCUUGAAGAUGAAGCAGCAGAUCAGCCGGAGAAACGAACACGAGAUACCUGUCGAUGGACCAUUCCAGCGAGUCGCCUUCGACCUAAUAGAGCUCUGGUCUCCAUCAAUCCACAAGAACAUCUAUGUAGUCCACUUCUAUUGUACCUGGUUAAAGUAUAACCUGGUAUUCGUCACCCUGUCUAAAGAGAAGGCAGUGAUUCUUCCAAUCAUACGAAAGAAAUUCUGCGACAAACAGGGCAUUACCCUAGAACUGGCGCCACUGUAUACGCCAGAAGCUAAUGGAGCAGCUGAACGCUUAGGCCAGACGCUCAUCAUUUGA